GAAAACUCCACUAUGUUUUGACUAUAUGAGGUUGAAUAUGCAUUAUAUAUUCAAUCAUACAGCAGUAUGAGCUGACAGAGAGCAUGAGAAGGAAAUCUAGAUUUAUCUGCACUAAUGAAACCACUUCCUGUGUAGGUUUAGAACUGUUUAAAAACACGACACACAUCCUAAAGACCUCCUCUGUGAACACACACUGUACUGUAAGACUGUAAGUUAGAGCAAAUAAUGGAAUCAGGAACCUUUUAUGUGUGCAGAAAUAUUACUAACAGAUCAGGAACUCGAACACAGAUUCACCUCCGGGAUGAAGGAAAAGAUCGAGGAGGAAGUAGGCGUUUGGUGUUGAUGACAGUGUGUCUCGGGAUCAUUUGUGUUGUUCUGCUGGUCUUCAUCAUACUGCAGCACAUCUCCAACACAGCAGAGAGAGAAUCUCUGUUCAAGAGUAACAAGAACACAGUUGAAGAGUUCAAUCAGACCAUCAACAGAUCACAGGAUGAGAACACUAAUCAAAUGACUGAAAAAGACCAACUGAAGAACAACUUCAACUCUUUGAGUCAGAAGAAUCUGGAGCUGGAGACCAGAGUCAAUGAUCUUACAGCUGAGAAAAAACAGUUACAGGGACGUGUUGAUUCUUUGAAUCAGAAGAAAGUGGAGUUAGAAAGCAAAGUCACGUCUUUGAGUGAUGAACUGAAGUUAAAAGGUUGUAAAGAAGGUCAGAGGAAACUGGAGUUAGAGAAUGAACUAAGGAACAUAUCUGAACAGGGAAAUGGCAGAUUCUUCAUAUCCGAUGAGGAGAAGAGCUGGUCUGACAGCAGGCAGUACUGCAGGGAUCGAGGUGGGGAUCUGGUCAUUAUCGACACUGAAGUGAAGCAGAGGUCCAUAUCUUCAUUUAUCAAGGCGAGUGUGUGGAUCGGUUUGUCUGACAUUGAGAACGAGGGCAACAUGAAAUGGGUGGAUAAUUCAACAAUGAAACAAGGGUUUUUUUUUCCAAAUGAGCCGAAUGAUGCACAUGGAAAUGAGGACUGUGUUGAAAUGCAGUAUUGCACAUAUUGCAGUCCUUCUGACCUGAACGUCUGGAAUGAUCGCCAAUGCUCAGACUUGAAAAAAGCACUUUGUGAGAAAUAGGGUCUGUUCUCUUUUUUUCUGUUACUAAUUUGGAAUCAUUUUAUUAAGAACAAAUAAUUUCAGAUUGUGGAUUCUACCUUUUAAAUCUGUCUGCUAAUUUCAUUUUUUUAACACUUUCAAGAUAUCAAUUUUGUAAUAUAAUUUUCUGUAAAAUACAAAGUCAGGAGUGGAUACUCGAAUGAAAGGAAAAUGUAAACUUGUCAUUAUUUUCCCAUUGCAAGAAUAAACUCA